CCUGGGCGCCCGGGGCGGCGGCGCAGAGCCGGGCCGGCGCACGAGGCGGUAGCGCGGCCAUGACUGCAGAGAAGGCGCUGCCCUUGGGCAAUGGGAAGGCUGCCGAGGAGGCGCGGGAGUCUGAGGCGCUGGGCGGCGGCGGUGGCGGGGGCGCGGCGGGGACGCGCGAGUCGCGCGACAAGGCGGUCCACGAGCGUGGCCACUGGAACAACAAGGUGGAGUUCGUACUGAGCGUGGCGGGGGAGAUCAUCGGGCUGGGCAACGUGUGGCGCUUUCCCUACCUGUGCUACAAGAACGGCGGAGGGGCCUUCCUGAUUCCUUACGUGGUGUUUUUCAUUUGCUGUGGAAUUCCUGUGUUCUUCCUGGAAACAGCCCUGGGGCAGUUCACGAGUGAAGGUGGCAUCACGUGCUGGAGGAAAGUCUGCCCUUUGUUUGAAGGCAUCGGCUAUGCGACACAGGUGAUUGAGGCUCACCUCAACGUCUACUACAUCAUCAUCUUGGCAUGGGCCAUCUUCUACCUGAGCAACUGUUUCACCACUGAGCUCCCGUGGGCCAGCUGUGGGCAUGAGUGGAACACAGAGAAAUGUGUGGAGUUCCAGAAACUGAAUAUGAGCAACUACAGUCAUGUGUCCCUGCAGAAUGCCACCUCCCCGGUCAUGGAGUUCUGGGAGCGUCGGGUCCUGGCCAUCUCUGAUGGGAUCGAGCACAUCGGCAACCUCCGCUGGGAGCUGGCUCUGUGUCUCCUGGCAGCCUGGACUAUCUGCUACUUCUGUAUCUGGAAGGGUACCAAGUCGACGGGAAAGGUCGUCUAUGUCACUGCAACCUUCCCAUACAUCAUGCUGCUGAUCCUCCUGAUCCGAGGGGUGACGCUGCCGGGGGCUUCUGAAGGCAUCAAAUUUUACCUGUACCCUGACCUCUCCCGACUCUCUGACCCACAGGUGUGGGUGGAUGCUGGGACACAGAUCUUUUUCUCCUAUGCCAUCUGUCUGGGCUGCCUGACCGCUCUGGGAAGUUACAACAGUUACAACAACAACUGCUACAGGGAUUGUAUCAUGCUGUGCUGCCUGAACAGUGGUACCAGCUUCGUGGCCGGGUUUGCCAUCUUCUCUGUCCUGGGUUUCAUGGCGUAUGAGCAGGGAGUGCCCAUAGCCGAGGUGGCAGAGUCAGGACCCGGAUUGGCUUUCAUUGCCUACCCCAAGGCUGUCACCAUGAUGCCCCUCUCUCCACUGUGGGCCACCUUGUUCUUCAUGAUGCUUAUCUUCCUGGGCCUGGACAGCCAGUUCGUGUGUGUAGAGAGCCUUGUGACUGCCGUGGUGGACAUGUACCCCAAAGUCUUCCGGAGAGGCUACAGGCGCGAGCUGCUCAUCCUGGCCCUGUCCAUCAUCUCUUACUUCCUAGGCCUUGUAAUGUUGACAGAGGGAGGCAUGUAUAUCUUCCAGCUCUUUGAUUCCUAUGCCGCCAGUGGUAUGUGCCUGCUCUUCGUGGCCAUCUUCGAGUGUGUCUGCAUCGGCUGGGUGUAUGGAAGCAACCGGUUCUAUGAUAAUAUUGAGGACAUGAUUGGCUACCGGCCGCUGUCACUCAUUAAGUGGUGCUGGAAAGUCGUGACCCCUGGGAUCUGUGCGGGCAUCUUCAUCUUCUUUCUGGUCAAGUAUAAGCCACUCAAGUACAAUAAUGUGUACACAUAUCCAGCCUGGGGCUAUGGCAUUGGCUGGCUUAUGGCUCUGUCCUCCAUGCUGUGCAUUCCACUCUGGAUCUUCAUCAAGGUGUGGAAGACGGAGGGCACACUGUCUGAGAAAUUACAGAAGUUGACACUAUCCAGUGCUGAUCUGAAAAUGCGGGGCAAGCUUGGGGCAGGCCCACGGACGGUGACCGUUAAUGACUGUGAGGCCAAAGUCAAGGGCGACGGCACCAUUUCGGCCAUCACAGAGAAGGAGACUCACUUCUGAGCUCCCACCAAACACUCAGAUGUUUCUCCCGCCCUUGCCCCAUGUGUAAAUGAAUCCCUGAAAUUUGUACUUUGCCUAAUGUUAGGGGCUCGCUCUUCUGCACAGGACCUAUUAACAAGUUAAUUCCCAGCCAGCCACUGUGCACCCUGUACCCUGGCCUCACCUCCAUGACCUGACCAAGAUAACUCUGUACAGUGACUAGCAGAUCCCAGCCUACGGUGGCUUAACCCAUGUUUUCUAGCAAUUCUGUAUCAUACUGUAAACUUUUAUACAUGGGCUGUGUGCAGAUGGAGCAGAGUGGAGGAGUGGCACCCAUCCCCUUCUGACAGCCUUUCAAUCUGUUCUUUGUCUAUGGCCUUCCCCAGUCACUCUCCUCCAUGCCCCAGGAACAGUUUUUUCUCCUAGGUCUUCUUUUUUCCAGCGAUAUGACCUUUGUCCAUGUUAGGGUUGAAAAUAUUCCCCAGCUUCCAGGAGUCAAAGAUUGUCCCUCUCAGUGACUGUGGCCACUCCCUUCCCUCCCCAGAUCUCAGUUUUCCCCACAUCUCACAUUGGUGGAGGGGAUGGAGUGGAGUCCUUCCCUUAUAGGGAGGACAGUUCUCCACCUGCCUCUUUGCCUUGCCGCCUGCCUUUGACUUUUACUCUCUCCAGAGAAGUGCUGGUCUCCUCUCUGUCCCCCUUCCUGCUGCACCCUGUCCCCACUUGCUUAUUUUAAAUCAAAUCUAUCAUGAAAUGAUUGUGUUCCCCCAGAACUCUAAUUUUAGCUCAUCCCUGAUCCCUGGAGACCAGCCCAUCCCCAACCCCUCUGGCAGGAGCUGCCACCAUCCGUCCAGCCCUCCUGGCCAUUGGUUCUGUCCCUCUCGUCAGGAGGUAGCCAUCACUUCUUGCAGCUGCCUGGCUGGGCCCUCUGGCUGAGAACCUAUGGCAGCCGCUGAAGGGGAGCUACAGUGAAGCCUGAAGCUGGAUGCCACCCAUGUCCCCUACCCUAUGCCACCUUCUCUCUCUUGCUGGCACCUUCCACUUCCCUCCCCUCCUGCCUGUGCCUGCAGAUUCAGUGAGAAGGCCCUACCCACCUGUCACCAGGCCCUGGGGAGCCUGCGCUCCUGCCCACCAGAGGGAAGAGCUGGCCAUCCAUCCAUGGGUUCUUCCCUGUAUGUGGAGAUGCAGAACAAAUGCAGCCCCCAGGGGGAGGAUGGCUCUACAACCCCCUGCCUGCCCUCAAACUUCUUGGACUGACCUCAUCUGCUGGGUUUCCCCACUGCUUUGUCUGCCCAGAUACUGUGGGUGGGUGGGAAGUCGGGGAAGGAGUGGUCUUUCCCUUUUCUUUUAGUUUCUCAGUUUUGUCUGGUGGAGAGGUGAGAUCUCUCCACACUAAGGCUCCAGGGUCCUAUCAGAGACCUGUGUGCUCUAUUCACCCAGAGUUUCCAGACUCCUAGCUGUUCUGCCCUGUCCAGCCUGCUCCCUUCCCUCCAAAGCCUGGCUUGCCUAAGCCAGAUGCUCAUCACCCUCUGGAAAAUUGGGCACUUGUUCAGACCCCUCUGUGCACACAGCCCAGGCCCCCAGCUGCUCACAGGCCACAUGAUCCUCUCAGAAGGCCAGCAUCACCCUGAAGAUGACCUGCAGGGUUAUUCAUCACCUGUUGCCCCCCUCCAGCACCCCAGGGAGGGAGGCUGCCCAUUGCUGCUACUGGUCCUCACCACCAACUCCCUCAUGGACAGAUGGAUGGACAGAUCCCCAAGGUCUGUCAUCACAAAUGCACGUGUUGUAUAUGUGGCCCUUAACGAUUGACUCUUAACACUACUCAUGGGACAGGGUGAAGGGAGGCUUGUGGUUUGGGGGUGUCUUUUAUAAUUUCCUACUAGUAUUUGGAUAACUGUAGGGGCAGGGGAGGACAAGUAUGGGCAGGGGAAUGUGUCAUUGUGGCAACAUUUUUUGAUAUUCAUUAGAAAUGAUACAUCCUUUCUGAGAUAUUUACGAUAUUAUUAAAAAAUGA